GCACUAAUGUGUUCUGCGGCUAUAAUGCGGACAUACUUAUAAAAAGAAAAGGAUGAUGAGGAGGAUGAGUUUGUUCCCCCACCGGGGCACUCCUCUGGGGAACCUUGAGUUGACCUGUGAAGAGAUCCAGCAGGAGGUUGAGAACGACACACAUGAGCUGGUGUCUGAGCUCGUCAAUCUCCCAACCAGAGCCAGAAUCCAGGCGAUACGAGCUCUGCCCAUGACUUUCCAUGAGCGGAGAUAUGUCAGGGGCAGAGUGAUGUCAGUGAAACACUCGAAGAAGACCGACAUGCUCCCGACGUGCUGCACCGACUGCCAUCAACAAACCUCUCUGUUUUUCCGCAGGUUCGGUGCCAGUGUGGCCACGGCCCGGAAGCGUUUGGUGAUAUGGCAGGAUGCGCUGAAGGAGAUCGGCGGCCGCUUUGGCACCUCCGUCCUCUCGUACUUCCGCUUCCUGAAAUGGCUGCUCAUGUUCAACAUCAUCUCACUACUCAUCAACUUCUGCUUCAUUGCCAUCCCACAGAUCAUCCAUAGCCCCAACAUUACACACACGGUGAACUUCAGAGGCCUGGAGCUGCUCACAGGAGCUGGAUACUUCAACCAGACGGUGUUCUUUUACGGUGGCUAUAACGGUGAAGUUAUUGUGAGUCAGCCUCCUUACAAUAUGCAGCUGGCUUAUUUCUUCACCAUAGCGGCUUACUUGGUGCUUUGUGGAGUGUCGCUUAUUUACAGCAUGGCCAGAUCCUUCCAGAAGAACUUUGUGUUGGUAUCUGGCCCCACCUACGGCAGCGCAUGGCGUCUUUUGUGCAGCUGGGACUUCAGCAUGGUUAAUGAGAAGGCCAUCCAGAACCUCAAGAACAACCUAGGAAUCCAGUUAAAGGAGACUUUAUCCGAGCGGCUGCAGAGAAAAGCCACGGUGUCGGCGUCCACCAUUGUGAAACGGCUCUCACUUUAUCUCCUGGCAUGGACGCUGUGUGUCGGACUCGCCGUCGCCUCCUGCACAGCCAUCUACUUCCUGCAGUCACACCAGAGUAAACUGGUGCUACCUGUUCCCUGGUCCUCAGAUGAUUUAGGCACGGAGGCGUCCACGCUGAUCCUGCCUGUCGUCGUGUCCCUCAUCAACCUGAUCGUCCCGCUCAUCUUCUCCCUCGUUAAUAAAAUGGAGCACUACACCAACCCCCGCACCAACAUCUACAUCGGCAUCAUGAGAAAUGUCCUGCUGAAGAUAUCCAUCCUGGGAAUACUGUGUUACUACUGGCUCAAGGACGUUCCCAGUACCAUCCCAUGUUGGGAAUCGUUCGUGGGUCAGAGUGUGUAUCGUCUGGUUCUAGUCGAUUUCAUCUUCUGCCUCCUCGGCUCAUUCUUUGGAGAGUUCCUGCGCAACAUAAUUGGAACAAAAUGCAUCCCGAGCCUCGGCGUUCCCGAGUUUGAUAUCGCCACAAACGUACUCAAUCUGAUCUACGCUCAGACGCUAGCAUGGAUUGGGAUCUACUUCUCCCCACUGCUUCCCAUCAUCCAAGUCAUUAAACUGUUUAUCAUCUUUUACCUGAAAAAGGUCAGUUUGAGUAUGAACUGCCAGCCACCAAAGCACACCGGCAGAGCCGCUCAGAUGCAGACGGUGUACCUAGCGCUUCUGUUUUUCACCUCGUUCAUCGGAGCGCUCUCCCUGGUGGCCUACACUGUGUGGAGCCUGAAGCCUUCCGAGCAGUGUGGACCUUUCCAGGGUCUGGACACACCCUUCCAGGCCAUCCACCAGUGGAUGAACACGGUGCACUACAUCCCGGGAUCUGAGUGGGCCUGGUGGUUUUUCGAGCAUGUGCUGAGGAACGAGCUGUUCUUCUACCUCAUCACUCUCAUCGUCCUCAUUCUGACGUACUUCCUGUGGCAAAUCACUCAGGGCAGGAAGCAGCUCAUCCGGACUCUACGUGAGCAGAUCGUCAAUGAGGGUAAGGACAAGACCUUCCUGCUGAACAGAUUACAGAGCAUCCAGAAACAGAGGAGAGCCGCCGCAGCCUUCGGUCCCCAGGAAUUCUCUGAGAGGACAUACUUCAAUCAAAACUGGAUGAACACGCUACCGUUGGAAAUGUGAGACAUAUUAUUAAAGACUUUUGGCCUCCUGCCGGCGAGUAAUUACGAGGUUCCCAUGCACCAGGUCUCGGACUGUUUUUCUGCCCAACAGAAGUCUGAUAUUAGUGGUUUCUGCAUUCUAGUGACAACACACUGUUCGGCUUAAUGUUUCCUGCAUUAAUGCCACUCUUCUACAGAGAAAACAACAACGGGCUGUGGUUCAUGGUGGAGACUCGCAUUGUAAUACAGAAUUCAGUUCAGUAGACAGCAGUGUUUCAUUACACAGCUCAUGCACCUAAUUAUGUCACUUUAUGUAAAGCUGUUAAAGAAUUUUAGUUUUGAAAUAUUAAAAUGUUUACAAGUCGUUGUAGCACAUGUACGAAAAAUAACCAAGGAAUAAAACAGUGAAACGAUA